AUGGGUGUUGCCGAUUUGAUAAAGAAAUUUGAGAGCAUCGCUAAGGAUCCUGUGGAGGACAAGGGUGAUUCGAACCAUUCCGCUGUUGAAACCAGUCCUGUGAACGGACAGCAGGUUAGUUCUGAGGGUUCGGCCGAGGAAGAGGAUAAACCAGCUCAAGAAGAAGAGCCAGCUCAGGAAGAAGAGCCAGCUCAGGAAGAAGAGCCAGCUCAGGAAGAAGAGCCAGCUCAGGAAGAAGAGCCAGCUCAGGAAACAGAACCGGUUGUCAAAGAAGUAAUUGAAGAAAGUGUCAAGGAAGAAAUUGAAGAAAGUGAACCUGUCAUCGAAGAAAAUUCUGAAGAUGUAGCUGAAAAUGAACCUACUAAGGCUGAAGAGGCUGAAGAGACACCUGAAGCCUCAGCUGAAGCCUCAGCUGAAGCCAAAGACGAGGCUAAAGAUAAAGAUGAAGCCGAGCAUGAAGGUGAUACUCAAGACGUGAACGAGCCUGCUUCUAAGUCUAGCAACAAGAAUAAAAACAAGAAGAAGAAGAAGAAGAAGAAUGCAGCAAACAGUGAAUCAGCAGCUCCUGCUGCCGAAGAAAAUUCGCUUAGGCAAGACUAA